AUGGGCACCUACACCUGGCAGUCGAGCUCGCAUUGCUCGUCGGAGUGCUCGUCCUACAAAUACAUCGCCCUGACUAACGGAAACGAGUGCCACUGCGGCGACGACCAGCCGCUGUCGUCAGACUCCUCAAAUAGCUGCGACACCGCUUGCGACGGGUAUCCGUCUGAGAUGUGCGGCGGCAGCAACGCCUACACGGUCUACGGGCUGAGCGACGACGACACGUACGACGACUCGUCGAGUCUGGCCGCGUCGUCGAGCACCGGCUCUUCCGGCACGUCCUUCAGCACGUCGUCUCCGGCCUCGCCGUCUUCCGUCUCCUCGUCGUCCUCGUCGACCAUCGCACAAACAACACAAUCAUCCAGCUCCUCCAGCUCCACACAGGAGUCCACGUCCUCCACAGAAACACCCACAACCAGCUCGCAGAGCUCGAGCUCGUCCACGCCUCCAACCGCGACCGCGGCGGUGCUCACGUCGACGGUGAGCGAGGAGGGCUCGAAACAGACCACGGUGGUGUACAUCACGCAGUCCACAAGCCUGGCGUCUGCAUCCGCUACAGCAGACUCGAGCCCGCGCUCGGGCUCCAAGUCGUCGAACAAGGGAGCCAUCAUCGGAGGAGCCGUGGGGGGCGCUGUCGGAGCGUCGAUCCUGAUCGGCUUGGUGUUCUUCCUGGUCUUCCGAAGACGCCACAACAGCGGCGACGACACCGCCGUGGACGAUCUCGCGUACGAGGAGGCCCUCAAGUCCAACCGCGAUCCUUUCGCCUCUGCGGAGGACGACCUGUACUCGUCGGACAACGGGUCUGGCUCCGGGCGAAUAAUGCUCGGCCGCAGACGCCUGAGCGACGGCUCGCUCGCCGACGCGGCCGACUACUACAAAAAAGUGCUCAAAGUCGCGAAUCCGGACGACGAUAAGAACUAG